AUGACACCUGCAACAGAAGGUCUUUUGGCAGGCUUUGAUCCCAAGAAUACCAAAUCGAUGCGUCGCUUCGCACUUUCCCUCUAUCACUGGAAGAAAGGCGCUCGAUUCACCAAUAGUGCCCAUCUCCAUGGCCUGACGAACCAACAAAUCACCACACUUGAGGCAGCCAGACUACGAGUAUUGAUUGAUCCAGAGUGGGAUAUACUUAUUGAGCGCUUUCUAGGCACUCCGCGGAAUAUCGCACCAUACAGACCCUUGAUGCAAGCAGCAAAAGCUUUGGCAGAUCAUGCUGCUGGUGUUCAAGCACCAAAUAUUCUCCCCGUCUCAGAGCUUCUCACAACUCCUCAAUCUCGACCUUCGAUUGGUGUUGGCCCAACCGUUUCGGAGCAGACAACGAUCACCAAUCGAGGCCGAGAGCCAAUUGAUAAACCACUAGAACAUUCCAACACUACUCGGUCUGUAUCUCCAAUUUCUGUCGACGUAGGAAACUUCGGAGAAGCAUUACAAAAAAUAGCACCUUUUCCAUCUUCCUCGCGUGGGAUAUCUCCAGGCGCUGAUAUGUCCUGGAUGUCAGAUCUGGAAGACGAGGCUUUGAGACAGGCCGAACUAGAUGAUAUGAUGAAAAGCUUGAAUCACACACCAGCCUCCGAAGUUCUUCGCAACACUCCUGGACCUGCUCUUUCACCUAAGAAUAAACUUGCAGUUGGUCCCAGUGGACAGUCUAUAGUUGAUGCCGCUUCUCAAAAUGCUGAUCGAUUCGAGAACCGGACUUCACAAGUAAAGGAAGAUCACCUCCUUGCUGAGCCAUUUCAAGAUGAAGAGAAUAAAGAAUACGCAGAGGGUUAUCGCUCAAUCAUUGACGAUUGGCAGAAAAGACUCUCGCGCAAACAAAGUCAUCAGAGCAUUGUUCCAAUGGCACAGCACCAUGCCACCGAGGACUCUGAAUAUGAUAGUCAAAGUCAGGACUUCGACUCGGAAAGUGUUGCGUCUGAGGAUUAUGAAAUCAGUGUGACGGCUCUGCUUGCAAGCGAACUUGAAGAGGAAGAACGCAUUAACAAUGAAGAAAGGGAGGCUCGUGAGAUUGAGGCUGCGAUACAAGAGUCUCUAAAAGUCAACAAUAUAGUACCCAGCACCUCUGGAUCUUUCAGUCCCAGUUCAAGGCCGGUUCUUGGUAAAAGAUCUUCUGAGACGUCCGAUGCGAUAUUUCCUUCACCAAAGCGCGCAAACGUCGAAAGUCCGGAAUUGGUCAUCAAGCAUCACGACAAUGGUUUAUUCAGCGAGGAGGAGAGCUUUCCACGAGGCUAUGAGGUAGUAUAUCCAGGAAAAUUUGGCAAUACCAAGAACACCCUCUUGAACAGUGAACCUAGUAUUCGCUCAGGCGCUCCAGAUACUAUCGAAGGCUUCAGUGGGUUGAGUGGUGGUGAGAAGGUACAGGUUCCAACUGAUGUGAGAGCUUCUGGGACGCAGAGCAACGCCAAUGAGUCAGAUGGAAAGGAAGUCCAUGCCCCCAAAAAUAACUGCUGUCUACUUCUAUAA